AUGAUCGCUGAUGACAGCGGCGAUGAUCUUGGAACUACUGAUCCGAGAAGGGCUACAGGUGGAUCUAGUUCUGGCACACAGCAGUACCCACCCUAUUUUUCAUCGUUGGACCUGGAUGCCAUGAGACAGGACGAAAAUCCUGUGCAGGCCUCUGGAUUUGGCGCUAGAGAUACGGAAGGGUUUGCCGGUAUGACGGAGUUCCAGGUUGGCCAACAAUUUCAGGAUAAAGAUGAGGCGCUGUUGAGUGUGAAGACUUACAGCAUCCGCCGAGGGGUCCAGUACAAGGUCGUUGAGUCUGACUACCGCAGAUAUGUGGGAAAGUAUUCUGAGUUUGGGAAUGGGUGCACAUGGUUGAUUCGGUUGAGUCUCGGACAGCGGAAGGGCAUCUGGGAAGUGAAGCGGUACAACGGACCGCACACCUGUCUCGCCACCUCCAUCUCCAGCGACCAUAGGAGUCUGGACUACCAUGUGAUAGCGACAUUCAUUAUGCCGAUGGUUAGGGCUGAUGCCGCCGUCAACAUCAAGGUGCUUCAAAAUGCCACGGCCGCACACUUUGGGUUCAGGCCUACGUACAGGAGGGCUAUUCUGGUCUUUCCCCCUUGUAUCGAGGCAUUCCCUCAUUGCAAACCGUUGGUGAGUGUUGACGGCACCCAUCUAUAUGGCAAGUAUGGGGGAACGUUGCUAGUCGCGAUUGCACAGGACGGAAACUCCAACAUACUCCCCGUGGCAUUUGCACUAGUUGAGGGUGAGAAUGCUGAGUCAUGGUCUUUCUUUCUUUUCCACCUCCGUGAGCACGUGACACCUCAGCCGGGUCUGUUAGUUAUUUCAGAUAGGCAUAACGGCAUCAAGGUAGCGCUCGAGGCUCCCGAUGGGGGAUGGCUACCUCCGACUGCAUACCGGGCAUUCUGCAUUCGACACGUUGCAGCGAAUUUCACCCUGACCUUCAAGGGAAAAGAUGCCCGGAGGCUUCUUGUUAACGCCGCAUAUGCGAAGACCGAAGUGGAGUUCGACUACUGGUUUGACAUUCUGCGCUCUGAGAAUCAGGCAAUGUGUGACUGGGCGAACCGAAUUGAGUAUUCGUUGUGGACACAGUAUUGUGAUGAGGGUCGGAGAUUCGGGCACAUGACGACCAAUAUUUCUGAGUGUGUCAAUUCAAUCCUGAAGGGGUAA